AUGUCCUUCGAAAUUCACGAGGUGAAAAUCAGCCCUAGAAUUCAUCGACGUGAUCCGAGUACAAGCCAAUGCCUUCGACACGCCUAUGAGCAUCGCCUCACAAGUAUUUACCCAGUCUUAGGAAGUAGUCCGGAUGCACGUCUCGAUGCCCUUGGGAAUCAAGUUGUGGGCGGUGGGUGUUGGAGCGUGGUGUUGGAGGAGGAGGAAAGGGUCGAGGGCGCUGCUGCUAUGGAUCCGUGGUGGCUUCCUGAGGGAGAAAGGAGAGAUUAUUCGAAGAGGGAUUUGGGGAUUUGGGGGGAUAUGCAGGGAGUGAGGGGACCGCAUUUAGUCGAGGUAGUACUCGCCGAUCCCCAGCAUCAUCGAAGAGGUAUAGGAAGUCUCGCGAUGAAGUGGGGAACAAGAAGAGCAGAUGAGCUUAGCCUCGACUGUUACGUUGAAGGAUCACAGAUCGGCGUGCCUUUGUAA